UUUGUUUUUAGUUUUCUAUUAUUUAUCCUUUUUUAUUCAUAGAUCAUUAUUUGUAAAAUUUUCCUUACUACUAUAUAAAGGGUUAGUUAGGUAAUGAAACUUUGUUCAGACCAAACAACAACAAAAACAUAAAGAGUUGCCACUGCAAGAACUCCCGAGAAAACACAAGAAAAAGGCGAAAAAAUAUGGAACCUUCUUUGUUUCAUCAGUACCUAAAACCAGAAAUAAUCUCUUUCGAUUCUUUGCAACCCUUUUCAUGGGAAUUAGAGGAUGAUGGGUUUCUUUUCCAUCCGCCCAGUUCCCUCCCUUUCGACUGUAAUGACUCUGAACAAAUGAUUCUUUUCGAUGUCUUAUCGAAGGCCACAAACAGAGAUCAGUCAUCAGAAUCAAACUCCACGAGCAGUAGGGUUAAAGAAGAGGAAGUUUCUUCUUCCAAAGAAGAAGAAGUUUCUACCGGGAAAAAAGAGAAAUCUUAUAGAGGAGUUAGGAAGAGACCGUGGGGGAAGUACGCAGCAGAGAUUAGAGAUUCGACACGAAAUGGAAUAAGGGUUUGGCUUGGAACAUUCGACAGCGCAGAAGCAGCGGCUUUAGCUUAUGACCAAGCUGCAUUUUCGAUGCGAGGUUCAAUGGCCAUACUCAAUUUCCCUGUGGAGAUGGUAAGAGAAUCGAUGCAAGAAAUCAAGUACCGAUGUGAGGAUGGGUGCUCCCCUGUGGUUGCAUUAAAGAGACGACAUUCUAUGAGAAGAAAGUCAUCAUCUAAUAAUAAGAGCAAGAAAAGUAGCAGUAGUUGUAGCAGCAGCAGCAGUAGCACUGAGAGUAAAGGGAAAGAGGUAAAUAAUAAUAGGACACAACAUGUUGUGGUGUUGGAGGAUUUAGGAGCAGAGUAUUUAGAGGAGCUUUUGAGCUCAUCAUGUGAAGGAAGUCCUAAUCCAUGGUGAUUAAUUACUACUUCUUGAUUUUGUCCAUUAAUUAUUUUCUUCCUUCAGAUCUUGAUUUUUCUUCUUCUCCUUCUUUGUUUAUUUCUAUAUUGUCUGGUGUAGCCUUUGAAGAAGAACAAAGGCUGCUUUUCUUUUUUUCUUUUUGUUUUUUCUUGGGGUUGAUGAUAUGUUGAGGGAGAGGGAGGUGCCAAUUGCCAUGGUUGUGGUGGGGUUAAGCUCUCAUUGUCAAUCCUGUUUUUGGUUCUUUGUAAAGUUGAAAAGAGAUUGGAUUUUACUUCUUUAAACAAUCAAAAGAAAUAACAAUGGCUUUUUAUCUUCU